AUGAACAUGCUUUGGUUGGGCACAUUAUCUCUUUGGGAUCAAGGUAUACCAGGUAACUUCUGGGUGCCCAAGUCAAUUUCACGACUUGAUCCCUCUAACCCACAAUGUCUCCCCCCCGCUGCUAUCUUCGAGCCCACCACUGUGCCCACCGGCAUCAAGGGCAAGGUCAUCGUCCCCGAGACGGCUGCUACCACCCUGACCGGCCAAGGCCAGAGCAAGCUCCUCGAUCAGUUCGGCGGCAAGUGGGAUGAGUUCAAGUUCGCCCCUAUCCGCGAGAGCCAGGUCUCCCGUGCCAUGACUCGCCGCUACUUCCAGGAUCUGGACAACUACGCCGAGAGCGAUGUUGUCAUCGUCGGUGCUGGUUCCUGCGGUCUGAGCAGUGCCUACGUCCUUGCCAAGGCUCGUCCCGACCUGAAGAUUGCCAUUGUCGAGGCCUCUGUGUCUCCUGGUGGUGGUGCUUGGCUCGGAGGUCAACUCUUCUCCGCCAUGGUCCUCCGUCGUCCCGCAGACGCUUUCCUGGCUGAACUGGGAGUCCCCUUCGAAGAGGAGCCCAACAACCCCAACUUCGUGGUCGUCAAGCACGCUGCCCUCUUCACCUCGACCCUGCUGUCCAAGGUCCUGUCCUUCCCCAACGUGAAGCUCUUCAAUGCCACCUGCGUCGAGGACCUGAUCACCCGCCCCGAUGGCUCCGACAUCCGCCUCGCCGGUGUCGUCGUCAACUGGACCCUGGUCACCCUGCACCACGACGACCACUCUUGCAUGGACCCCAACACCAUCAACGCCCCCGUCAUCAUCAGUACCACCGGCCACGACGGCCCAUUCGGUGCCUUCUGUGCUAAGCGUCUCGUCUCCAUGAACGCUAUCGACAAGCUCGGCGGCAUGCGCGGUCUCGACAUGAACCUGGCCGAGGACGCUAUCGUCAAGAACACCCGUGAGGUCACCAAGGGUCUUAUUAUCGGUGGAAUGGAGCUGUCCGAGAUCGAUGGCUUCAACCGUAUGGGUCCUACCUUCGGUGCUAUGGUUAUGAGCGGUGUCAAGGCUGCGGAGGAAGCUCUGGCUGUCUUUGACGAGCGUAAGCGCGAGUGUGCUGAGUAA